AUGGGGAGAAGAAAGAGAGAAAAGGACGAACUCUGGAGUCUUGUAUUUAAAGGGAUGAACCAUCAAAUAUCUCAUCAUGCAGUUCACAAGAUAAACAAAGUGAACAAAUUUGAUCCAGCUUCAGCUGAGCGUGAGCUCCAGAAUAGUUCCCUCUUGAUUUCAUGGAAUAUUAAGCCUACCAAAGCCAAGAAUUCUUCCAGCCCUUGCACUUGGGCGGGUGUCUCAUGCAACAUUGGUGGAAGCGUCAACGGAUUGAACCUCACAAAUUCCAGAAGUCCCAUUCCUCCAGAAAUAGGAAACUUAUCCAAUCUAGUCACUGCUUUUCUGAGCUCUAAUCAUUUGACAGGUUCAAUUCCACAUGUUCUAGGUAACCUCAAUAAGCAAGAGACCUUGUUCCUUUUCCAAAACGAUCUGUCCGGUCCCAUUCCAGUAGAGUUAGGGCACUUGAAAUCACUCCAGAGUUUGAGCUUGUUUGGAAAUAAUCUCAUUGGCACAAUUCCAACAUCACUGGGUGACCUGACGAAUUUGACUGUCCUCCAUCUCUAUGAUGACCAACUCUCAGGCUCAAUUCCUGAAGACUUGGGCAACCUAGAGCUACUUACAGAUUUGGAACUAGACAGGAAUGAACUGAAUGGUUCUAUUCCUAAAUCAUUUGGUGAUCUGAGCAACCUGGAAUUUCUGUUUCUCCGUGAAAACCAGCUUUCCGGUUCCAUUCCAGUGGAGCUCGGGCAAUUGACAAAGUUGGCUGUGAUGGAACUGGAUACAAAUCAAUUGUCUGGUCAUCUGCCAGAACAUCUUUGCCAAAACGGAACACUUCAAAACUUCACAGUAAGCAACAACAGGCUGACUGGUCCAAUCCCUGUAAGCUUGAAAAACUGCUCCAGUUUAAUCAGAGUUCGAUUUGAAGGAAACCAACUAACCGGGAACCUGUCAGAGAUGUUUGGUAUCAUCCAAACUUGA